CGGAAAAAGCAGCGGCUCUCAUCGCACGGAGCGCCGACAGGGCAGGCUCGGCUAACGCGACCGGAGGAGCAGAAAGGAAAAAGAGAGGUCCUUGACGGGCCGGCUCCAGUCCUGCCGUCAUGUUUGACCCGAUCCGACUUCAGACUCCGCUGAAGCCGCUGCGUCUCUAACCGCGCCCGCACGGAGCUUCUGGGUGUUUUUUAGCCCCGCAGCAAACCCGAGCCUCCAGGUCCUCCGGUCCGCGCACGAGAAAACACACAGGUGUCUGUUAUAAUCUGCUGCCAUGGCAACACUCUGCAGACGCCCUGCGAAAUCAUAAGUCUGUUGCUAUGGCGACUCUGUAGCAAGCAGCUGUCACUAUGGGAACAUCCAGGAUGUUCCGCGUUUUCGUGGUUCUGGGCUCGGCUUUCAUGAUCCUCCUCAUCAUCAUCUACUGGGACGACGUGGGAGCCGCCCACCUCUAUCUGCACACCCCAGUGUCCCCGGGCCCCAAGGUCCCCCACCCGCCGCCCCGGCCGAGGCCCCGCACCACCCGGACCCCGUCCUUCCUGUCCGACAUCGACGCCUUCGUCAACCAGUUCCUGGAGCCCGGAACCGGGGAACCCACGGACACGGUGCCGGUGGACUCCAGCAACCAGUCGGAGAAGUCAGAGGAGCGCUACGUCCCCCGGAGGGAGUGGAAGAUUCACCUGACGCCGGUCGCCGCGGAGCUACGGGAGAGACAGGAAAAGAGGCGACGGUUACUCCAGGAGGUCUGCGCCAACGACAGCGUGGCGUUUCCGGGCAAAAACCGUUCAUUUGACGACAUUCCUAACAAAGAGUUGGAUCACCUCAUUGUGGACGACAGACACGGCAUUAUCUACUGCUAUGUUCCCAAGGUGGCGUGCAGCAACUGGAAGCGCAUCAUGAUCGUCCUCAGCGAGAGCCUGCAGCAGGACGGCGCCCCUCAGAGAGACCCUCUGGCCAUCCCCAGGGACCUGGUCCACAACAGCAGCAUGCACUUUACCUUCAACAAGUUCUGGAAGCGCUACGGCAAGUUCGCAAAGCACCUCAUGAAGGUGAAGCUGAAGAAGUACACAAAGUUCCUGUUCGUGCGGGAUCCGUUUGUGCGUCUCAUCUCCGCCUACAGGAACAAAUUCGAGAUGCGCAACGAGGACUUCUACCGGCGCUUUGCACAAGUCAUGCUGCGGCGCUACGCCAACCAGCCCACGCCUCCCGCCUCCGUGGACGAGGCCUUCACUCUGGGCGUCCGCCCGUCCUUCUCCCACUUCACCCAGUACCUCCUGGACCCGCAGACCGAAAAGGACAUGCCCUUCAACGAGCACUGGCGGCAGGUGUACCGCCUCUGCCACCCGUGCCAGAUCCAGUACGACUUCGUGGGCCACCUGGAAACGGCGGAGGAGGACGCCGAGCACCUGCUGCGCCUGCUGCGGGUGGACAACGUGGUGGAGUUCCCCACCUCGCAGAGGAACCUGACGGCGAGCAGCUGGGAGACGGACUGGUUCGGUCCGGUGCCUGUGGAGGCACGCCGGCAGCUCUACAAGCUCUACGAGCCCGACUUCCGGCUUUUUGGUUACGACAGGCCAGAGUCCAUCCUCAAUGAGUGAUUCACGCAAACGCACAGGCGAAAUGUAGUAUUUAAAAUCACAGAGCGGGCGCCGCACCUCCAAAGACCAGCGAGAGGCGUCACACACACACACACACACCUUCUCCCGUCGUGUCUUUGCUGGACUGAAUGUGCACAUGAUUAGAAACACUCCGGGCAUCAUUUCUGCCUCAUUAAGUCACAUAAAAAGCAUGCAGUGUGUCCCUCUUCCCUCUUUAGGGACUUUUACCUCCAUGUUUUUAUGUGAUGCCAUCUGUGCCCACUUUUGUGACUAAAUUCACAUGCUGUCGUAGCACUCUGUUUAAAAAACAAAAUUGAUGCACAGAGACCGUUUCGGUUGUGAUUGCACGCUUUGGACAAUUAGAUCAUUUUUUUUGUGUCUAGAUUAUCUUAAAUUAUCACUGCACUAUCAGUAUUUAGCUGGUUUAUUUCACAUUGUUUAAAGUGCAAUGUUUUUAAGCAUGAAAGGGAUUUUAUGUUGAAGUAAGUCCAAUUUUUUUACCUCGUAUCCACACUUUAAGAGUUCGUUUUUGUGCAUUGAACCGGGUUGAUUGAUUUAUAUCAGCUGUACAAGGUUCUGCAAGGAAAAUAUGUGCUGGAAAUCAAGUACCGCUGCUGAUGUCUGGCUAGUUUUAAAGCCGAUUGCCACAAUGUAGCCUGAGCAUAAGGAAGCACAGCAGCAGGCAGCUGGUGACCUGGGUUUGUCUCGGCUUGUUUCAGACAUAUUCUUACGGUUACUGACACACAGAUGUGCCUCUGCUUGUUUUUCAAAACUCUUUUUGUCAAAGGGAAAUCUCUCAUUCGUGUCUUUGCUUUCUGUUUUCUUUUCAGACAGGUCUGGGCUAACUCACGCCGUCACAAUUUCAUGACCUUAAACAAACCGUCUCUCUAGAAUAUUCACAACAAUUGCUUGUAAGUUUAUUUCCCUUGGCAAAAGUAGUAUUUUAUAGAAUCAUGUAGAUUAAACUUGCAGGAUAUUUUGAAAGAUUUUACGUUCCAAACUAUUUCCAUUGACUUUGGUUUUAUGGUUUCUACUUGGGGUGUUUCAGUCCCUGAUUAAACCAAAAUUACUCUGAGGACGCUCUAAGCUUCAUUAGAGCCACUUAAAAACAGCGGCUCAUGAAUACAAUGUAGUAACUUAUAGAAGAUUAUACAAAAGUACAUAUGAAAGUGGAUACAGAAUGAGAAAAGUGCAGUUAAGAGUUUCUUAAGGUAUGAAAGCCUUGAGUAAAAAUGUCAGUAUUAUGAUGUUAACAAAAUAAAAACAAAAGGAUCGCUUUGAUUCCUCAGAAAAUAGCGUAUUUAUCCUUACACUUUUAAUGAUGCUGCCUAUAACGUAGGUGAAAAAGUAGCAAAAAUCUACACAGAUAUCCAACUGCUGAAUAUAGCUGUGCUCAUUGUUUACAUUGUCUCUUUUUUAGCAUUCAGUCAGUCGUCUUGAAACAGCGCUACCUUUAGUUUCACACAAGGACUGGAUGCAACGUGAGCUGCUUUUAUUUCAAAUACAUAUGAAGAAGAUGGAGAGCUACCUUUAGUUUCUGUGUUUUUCUAACCAACGGGAAGGUGUUGUAGCGUUCUUUCAGCCAGCUGAAGAGCAGUGUGUGGGGGAGGGGCAGUGGAGCAUUACUUUAUGCUUCAAGUACUUUCUCUGAGAAGGACUUUAAGACAUAGAAAAGACCAGAUGGUUUUAAGAUUGUAGCUUUUUUAAAAGCGUCAUAUUGGUAGCAAACCAAACGUAAACACUACGCUAAGGAAAAAGAAACACGACAAAAAUGGAGAACGAACAAAGCUCCCGUUACUGAUACCACGCUUUCCUGCAGACUGCAACUAUGUGCUGUCAUUUACCCCUGAACAUGAUAUACACAGGUUGCUUCUGCAUUUAUUAUGCGGUACAUUGCAUUGUUUUUGUAGCAUUACUAUGAGCUUUGAUGAACUGCACAGCUGACAGCUGGUUCGACAUGAAUAGUGUUAGUCAAAAGGAAAUGUGUGAGGCUGGAGUUAUGGUAUUAGUGAAUCUCUGGCUUUCGGUGAUGAAAGUGAGGAAAAGACAGUGCCUUUGGUUGCUAAAAGUUUACAAAGCUUAAAAAAAGAAAGUAUUUUUAUAGGACUUAAUUUUUACUAAAAUCACAGGCUCACAAAAAGGAAUAUUUGAUAUACUGCGUGUUGAUUUCAACUGUAUUUAGGGACCAAAAGAAAAACAAAGCCUUUCGGCUGAACUGUUAACGUGGGACUUUGCUAUUAAUCUCUCCAUUUGUUUGGAUUCUCCUUUGUUGUGCUGGUGUUCAGUGUCACACUCCAUGCUGGAUGUCGCUGUUGUUCUGACUCUUCAUUGAUGUCAUAGACGGACGUAUUGGUGUUUCUUUGUUAAUGUUUUUUUGUUAAUCUCUGAUCUUUAUGCAGAAUUGUUUACGGGGCUGAGGGGAAGUUUUGUCUUCAUCUUGUGGCCAUAUGCUGUUAGUGGAUGGAGUCCACCUCUGCUGUGUUUGUACUUUAAGUCCUGUUGUAUUUUCAUAUCUUUUGUUUUCUAUUCAUCUUCUUUUUUGACGUUCCCUAUGUAAAAUUCCGACUUUAUUUAUUUAUUUUUCUUUCCGUCAAUGAGCAAAGGGGGAAAAAAAACAUUGAAACAGAAAUGUUUGCAAGUCAAAAAUCAGAAUUUGUUUAUGGUUCAAAUAAAACAAAUGAAUAUGA